AUGAGUGGAUUUGUAUUUUUAAUAUUUGUAAUUCUAUAUCUCUUUAAAUUUAACUUAAAUUCUUUAUUUAUUUUGUUAUCAAUAUCUAGACGUUCAUGUCAGUUAAUAUCUAGACAAUUGAAUAAUAAUAAUGGUCCAAUUAGAUCAUUAUCAACAUCUGCCACUACACAACCAAAAUGGGAUCAUAACUAUGAUGUUGUUGUAGUUGGUUCUGGAGCUGGUGGAAUGACCGCUUCAAUUACAGCCCAAUUGAAGGGUUUGAAAACUCUACUAAUUGAGAAGGACGAAAAGUAUGGUGGAACUAGUUCAAUGUCUGGUGGUGCACUAUGGAUUCCAAAUAACCUUUACCUUCAAGAGGGUGGUGUAAAAGAUAGUGUCGAGGAAGCCAAGAAGUAUCUAGAUGCAACUGUUGGUGAUGAUGUUAGUGAUGUACGUAAGAUGGCCUAUCUAACUCGUGGACCAGAGAUGCUUCAAUUCCUUCACGACAACACCAAUCACGUACGUUUCCAAUACACCAAUGGAUACUCUGAUUACUACCCCGAGAGACCUGGUGGACAUCCACGUGGUCGUUCAAUAGAUCCAGUUGUUUUCGAUUCAAAUAAACUCGGUUCACUACUCGAUACAAUGUUGCGUUCCCGUAUCAAUACUCAAGGAAUUGCAAUGACUUCCGAAGAGUUUGGAAAGGUAAACAUGUUUACCAGAACCUGGAAAGGAAAGCAAGUUAUGUUAAGUGUUGGUUUGCGUACAAUAGCCGCGCUGUUAACCGGUAAGAAGUUGUUCUCACUUGGUGAAUCACUCAUUGCUCGUCUACGUCUAUCAAUGGCUGAAGCAAAAUGUGAGAUGUGGUUGGGUACUCCGUUUGUCGAUCUUGUUCAAGAUGAGAGUGGAGCUGUCAUUGGUAUUCGUGUAAAGCGUUCCAAUGGAAAGGAAGAGUUGAUUCAGACAAAGGGUGGUGUAAUCUUCGCAUCAGGUGGAUUCUCCAACAAUCAAGCACUUCGUGAGCAAUACCUACCAAAACCAACCGAUAAAGCAUGGACUCACUCUGCCGAUGGUGCAACUGGUGACACACUUACAGCUGGUAUUCGCGCAGGUGCAGCAGUCUCAUUGAUGGACCGUGUUUGGGGAGCCCCUUCAAUUCCACGUCCAAAUGAGCAUCCAUAUUUUUUGGUUGCCGAUCGUUCCAUUCCAUCUAUGAUUAUCGUUGAUUCCAAUGGUUCACGUUACUUGAACGAGUGUAUUCCAUAUCAUGAGUUUGUCGAUAAGAUGUAUGCUCACGGAGCACCAGCUAUGAAUUCAUGGAUUAUCAUCGAUGAGAACACAAAGAAGCGUUAUCUAUUCGCCGGUCUCUUCCCAGGUCAGCCAUUCCCAAAGUCAUGGGUUGAAGGAGGUACUGUUCAACAGGCAUCUACACCAGAGGAGUUGGCACGUAAGAUCAAUGUUCCCGAAGAAGCACUCAAGGCAACCAUGGAGAGAUUCAACAGGUUGGCAUCAACUGGUAAGGAUACUGAUUUCAAUCGUGGUGAGAGUGCAUACGAUCGUUACUAUGGUGAUCCAACUCUUCCAAAUCCAAACCUCACUCCACUUCAAGCACCAUUCUAUGCCCUUCCAGUGAAAUCAGGUGAUUUAGAUACAAAGGGAGGUCUCUUAACAGAUGAAUGUGGUCGUGUAGUUCGUCCAAAUGGUGCUGUUAUCGCUGGUCUCUAUGCAACUGGUAAUUGUAGUUCAGCGGUGAUGGGUAAAACUUAUCCAGGUCCUGGUGCAACUUUAGGACCAUCAAUGUGUUUUGCCUACACAGCUGCAGUUGACAUUAAAAAUAAACUAUCAAAUAAGAAAUAG